AUGACGGAUGGCGCCGGCAAAGCGCCCGAAGUGUCAAUCAUCCUGCCCGUGUACAAUGCAGAGGAGUUUCUCGACGAGGCCUUUCAUUCCAUACUGGAGCAAAGCUUUCUUCAAAAAGGUGGCCAUCUGGAAGUCUCCAUCUUCGACGACGGCAGCCACGACCGCAGCGCCGAAAUUGUGGAACAAUGGCGGAGGCAACUCACUGAAGCGUAUCCGGACACAUUGCGCUUCACUGUUGGCACCAACACCGCCAGGCUCGAGGCAGCACGCCGCGGCGAGCGGCGCAAUGAGGCCUAUGCGAAGGAGGAUGGCUCACAGCUCCCUGCGGCAGCGGAAGAGGCCGCCUCUUGCGCCCUCUGCAGGCGCCGGGCGCCCUUUGAGGAGCUCCAGGCCAAGAAGGCGAGCUCCAAGAAGGACGAGAAGCUCUAUUGCAAAACCUGCUGCGCCCUCUCAAAGGAAGAGUGGCAGCAAAAGCGGAGGGAGGUCUACACCGAAAAGAUGUCGAGGAACCAGGGCUACGGAGGUUCCGCCAGCACUGCGUUGCCGGCGAAUGGCGUGCCCUGCGGCAUUGGCUUUGCGUGCAACAGCGCAGUGCAGCAGUCCAGUGGCGAGUUCCUUUGCCGCUUCGAUGCUGACGACGUGAUGUACCCUGAGCGAAUUCAGCUGCAGAUCGAAGCGCUUCGAGCUCUGCCCUCUGAGCAUCAAGAUCGCACCCUGGUGGGCACAGGCUUUGUCCGCAUGCCGGAGGACGCCACGCCGCGGUACACCGGGUGGCUCAAUGGGAUGACCGAUGACCAGCUCACAUCGCAGCGCUUCAGAGAGGUCACGCUCCUACAUCCGACCUGGAUGUACCACCGCCGGAUUUGGGAGCGCGUCGGCGGCUACACGCAAGACACCGCCGUGGGUGAGGACAUCGUCUUCUUCCAUAAGCAUUUGGAGGCCGACGGCCUGCUCCUGAGGGUGCCGCGGCCACUGUUGCGCUACCGUUGUCACCCCGGUCAGCGCUCCUGGCGCCUGCCUCGGCGGGCGGUGCAAGCCGCCAAGGUGGCAGCGUUUCAGAGGCAGAUCCUCGUCGUUGAGCCCUGGAAUCGAGGUUUCGGUGUGCUUGGCGCUGGGCGUGAUGCACGUGACUUCGUCAAGGCUUUGUCGGAUGAUGCCCGGAAGCUGGUGACCGAAUUCUACGAGGUCGACAAGAACAAGUGGGGGAAAUGGAUUUCGGUGGCACAGGCAGAUGGGUCCCUAUUUCACAUGCCCAUCGUGCCACAGCAGUGGUUGAGAACACCCUUCGUCGUCUGCGUCGCCCUGGAGCGUGGCUUCGGGGUCAUUGAAGCGAUCAAACGCGAUGCUCCCGCUGCGCGCGAGGGUGUCGACUACUUUCACUUGGUCUGA